UCGUAAUCGCCAACCACUACUACCCCUCCCCCCUUUCUGUUUUAAACGUUCGAGGAAAGACUGGUACUAGUUUAUUUUCGUUCUUCCAUGCUUCCGCUAAUCACACAGCUAGAGCUUUGAAAACCUCCUCCUAUUCAUUGGAAUUCCACGAGUUAACCUUUGCUAUGACGACCAGCAGUGUCAUCACUUUACUAGUUAUUAUGACCCUGAUACCGUUGACCUUAUGUGAAUACAAUGCCACAUGGAAGAGUUUGGACGCACGACCGCUACCUGCCUGGUAUGACCAGGCCAAGUUCGGUAUCUUUGUUCACUGGGGUGUGUUUUCUGUUCCUGGAUUUGGUUCAGAGUGGUUUUGGUACUUUUGGAAGGGACUACAUAGACCAGAAUAUGUGGAAUUCAUGAAGAAGAAUUACCGUCCAGGAUUCUCAUAUCCUGAUUUUGGUCCUAUGUUCAAAGCAGAGUUUUAUGAUCCAGAGCAAUGGGCUGAUCUGUUUGCCAAGUCUGGGGCAAGGUACGUGGUACUUACCAGCAAACACCACGAGGGCUGGACAAUGUGGAAAUCCAACGUCUCAUGGAACUGGAAUGCUGUUGACAAUGGCCCACAUAGGGAUCUUGUUGGUGACUUGGCAAAGGCUGUGCGAAAAACGGAUGUGCGUUUUGGGUUAUACCACUCUCUCUAUGAAUGGUUUAAUCCAUUAUUCCUGAAGGAUAGAGAGAGCAACUACACUUCUCAGUAUUAUGUCGAGGAAAUCUUGCAGCACCAGUUAAAAGACAUUGUGACAACCUAUGAGCCAGAUGUGGUGUGGGCUGACGGCCAAAGCGGUGGCUCCUCUGAUUACUGGACGAGCAAAGACUUUCUUGCCUGGCUUUACAAUUCAAGCCCUGUUAAAGACAAGGUAGUUGUGAAUGACCGCUGGGGCGAAGAGUGUGCUUGUCAUCAUGGUGGUUUUUUUACUUGUCAUGACCAUUAUAACCCAGGUAAACUGGUGGGUCACAAGUGGGAGAAUGCAAUGAAACUUGACAAGAAGUCUUGGGGAUACAGGCAUAAUAUCCAUAUUGACGAUGUCUACACCAUCGAGGAAUUGUUAGAGCAACUUGUUUCCACCGUCAGCUGUGGUGGGAAUCUUUUGCUGAACAUUGGUCCCUCCUCUGAUGGCCUUAUCAUCCCAGUGUUCCAAGAAAGACUUCUUCAGAUGGGAGAGUGGCUUAAAGUGAAUGGCGAGGCGAUAUACAACUCACAGCCAUGGAGGGCACAGAAUGACUCAGUUACUGAAAAUGUGUGGUACACAUCUCGUCCUAUGGGUAUGGGGUCAGUCUAUGCUAUUGCCCUUGAUUGGCCAAGCACUGGUAAACUGUUUCUUCGCGAACCAAUCACAAGCAAGGGAACAGUGGUCAAGUUGCUGGGCUAUGAUCAGGAUCUUCUAUGGACAGCUGCUGGUGAGAAAGGAAUUUUGAUUGAGAUCCCUUCCAUUCCCAUCAACAAGAUGCCAUCGAAAUGGGCUUAUACUUUUAAAAUGUUUAACAUUGAAUGAAGCACUCAGUUUAUCUGGUAAUGGACAUUCAGAGAGGUAUGCACAGCACAGAUAAGCUAGUUGGUCAUAGUUUCCCACCUGGAAAUUAAGAACCUGUUAGGCUAAACUUUGGUAUCUUAUGUAAACCAUAUAAGAAUCUGACAGUAAAUGUAUAAGAAAUUGUCCAAAAGUGUUUAGGCAAACCUUGUCAAAAGCAGGUUCUUAUAUGUGGGAACUACUGUAGUAGUUUAGGAAACUUUAUAUAAGUUGUAGGUCUAGAGGGUGGGGCAUUAAAGACAGACCAGUUCCCCUUCUUACAUCAUUGUUAUUUCCAUCCUUUCUCCUUGAAUCUACCUACUCUAUAUCUGUUUCUGAACUAUGACAAAAUUGGCUCCAUGUAUAUGGAGAUGCAGGGGCCACUAGAUUUCCUCAAAUGUUUGUAUGUCAAGUGUUUAAGAAGAUGACAUAGCCCACGGGAGGCAGAUUUGUGCUUGGUGGAGAAUACUGCUGCUUUGCAUGUUGGGGUCCGCUGGCAGGUGAGAAUGCAGGCUAGGCUAUCUGUGGUUACCAAGGUUUUGAGAAGGCCAGUCUUUGGAAGAGUUUUGAUUCUCUUGACAAGAAACGGGCCCUCAAGACUGUCUGAAAAUGAAUUGAGCAUAAUUUAUUGAUGCAAUGGAACCAAGUUCCUGCUGUUUCUUAAUUUAACUUUGCCAUUCUGUAAUAUAUAUUAUGAGUCUAAAUCACAAGUUUUAGAAGUAAACCUUUCAAAUAUUACUUACAGUACUCUUAAUCUGUUAAAAUUUAGGUCAUCCUUGUCUCCCAUAGAGUCAGCAAUUAUUAGCUUAUUACACUUUAUUUUCACGUCACUUUAAUGUCUACCCCGAUAAUAAUAGGGAUGCGCGAAAAUGUAGUGGAUAUGUUACAGUCAAUAAUAAAUGUCAGUCCAAAAUGAAAAUGGACUAGUCAAAAAUGAAACCAAA